GUCAAUUUUUUGGUUCACUUCCACUUUCUCCAAAACAGAGCUUGCAAACCUCACUUCUUUCUCAUCGCCCAUUGCUGCUGUUCGCUCUCUUUUGUUUUCAGCGCACUGUUCAGCCGACAUCGAAGAUCUCCUUACUCCAUUGGGCGUCCCCACACGCAGACCCUGGUCCGUUCGUCGGACUAGCUACGUCGCGACCGCCGGCAAUUUUUUAGUCUCACUUGGACUCCGUGUUUCUCAAGUCGACCAUCACCAGCGCAUUCGCAAUCGCAACCACCUUCCGCACCCGAGUCGCACCUGUCACACCUGCAGCGCGCCGAGCUGCAGUGCCACCGGCUCAAAAUCAUGGAGGACAUUAAGGAGAAGGCUGAGAAGAUGAAGGAGGGUGUGAAGGAGACCUUACUCGGCGUCGAGGACGAGGUGCAGACCUCCGACCAGACGCGCAGCGAGUUUAUGGAACAAGCCAAGAAGGAUGAGGCCUCGGGCGAGUACUACAUGGGCCAGGAAGAGUUUGUCAAUGCCGUCGCACCAGCCGGCGAAGACUACCACAAAAUCAAGCGCGAUCAGUACGCCAUCCUCUUCCAGAUCGCCGACCGUCAACGCAAGGGUCGCGUCUCCCUCGCUGACUGGACCGUCUUCAACAACUUGCUUAAGAAGCCAGAUGCCGAGUACGAGAUCGCUUUCCGCCUGUUCGCAGACCCAAGCAGCGGCUUGGUCGACUUCAACACGUUCAAGGAUGUUUACGCGAAGAACAAGACUGCCAGCACCAUCCCCUUCAACUGGGACAGUGACUGGGCAAAGCUGUAUUUGGGUGGAAAGCGACACAGACACUCCAUGACAUACCCGCAGUUCGCACAGAUGCUUCGCGGACUCCAAGGCGAGCGCGUUCGUCAAGCUUUCCUGCACCUCGACAAGAAGGGCGAGGGCUACAUCGAGCCCGAAGACUUCCAGCGCAUUAUCAUGGAGACUGCUGCGCACAAGCUCUCGGACCACCUUCUGGUCAACCUCCCCACCCUCUGCAACAUCUCCCCAGGAUCGAAGAUCUCAUACGCCAAUGUGCGCGCUUUCCAGAACAUCCUCCGCGAGAUGGACGUUGUCAUCAUGGUUAUUCGCAACGCAGUUCGCAAGUCAAGCGACGGCAAAAUCACCCGUGUCGACUUCUUGAACGAGGCCACGCGCGUUACGCGCUUCUCGCAAUUCACACCAAUGGAGGCAGACAUCCUGUUCCACUUCGCGUCGCUCGAUCAGCCAUCCGGACGUCUCGGCCUGCAAGACUUCGACCGCGUACUCGACCCCAGCUGGCACGCCAAGGGCAUUGAUCCUGCAGAAGCUGUCUCCGAUAUCGCACAGAAGGCAGUCGUGAAGUCGACAACUUUCUUCCACGAUGUCCUCGUGUCAGCGCAUCACUUCGCUCUCGGUUCUAUUGCUGGUGCUUUCGGUGCCUUCAUGGUGUACCCGAUCGAUCUGGUCAAGACGCGCAUGCAGAAUCAGCGCAGCUCGAAUGUGGGUCAACUUCUCUACAAGAACAGUCUUGACUGCGCGUCCAAGGUCAUUCGCAACGAGGGCGCGCGUGGCUUGUACUCUGGCGUUUUGCCGCAACUCAUCGGUGUCGCACCUGAGAAGGCCAUCAAGCUCACAGUCAACGACAUCGUGCGCGGCAAGUUCACCGACAUCAAGACUGGCGACAUCAAGUUCUGGCAGGAGAUGGUUGCUGGUGGUUCCGCUGGUGGUUGCCAAGUCAUCUUCACGAACCCGCUCGAGAUUGUCAAGAUCCGUCUACAAGUGCAAGGUGAGGCCAUACGUGCUGCGGCCCGCGAAGGCGAGCAGCUUAAGAAGCGCACCGCCGUGUGGAUCGUCCGCAAUCUUGGUCUGACUGGCCUGUACAAGGGCGCGUCGGCUUGCUUGCUGCGCGACAUUCCCUUCUCUGCAAUUUACUUCCCAUCAUACGCGCACUUGAAGAAGGACUUCUUCGGCGAGUCGCCAACCAAGAAGCUGGGCAUCCUGCAACUGCUCACUGCUGGUGCCAUCGCCGGUAUGCCAGCUGCGUACUUGACCACACCCGCCGAUGUCAUCAAGACUCGUCUCCAAGUCGAAGCUCGCAAGGGUGACGCGACUUACCUCAACAUUCGCGACUGCGCACGCAAAGUCUUCCGCGAUGAAGGUUUCAAGGCUUUCUUCAAGGGCGGUCCAGCUCGUAUCCUUCGGUCUUCGCCGCAGUUCGGUUUCACGCUCGCAGCAUACGAAGUCCUCCAAGGUCUUAUCCCAUUCCCGGGCGAACACGAUGACAAGACCUCGCCGCGUGGCUCUCUCGAGCCCAUCACCGGUGCCUCAGAUCGACAGGCACCUCUUCCACACUUGCGUUGCCGUAACGCUCUCAAGAUCAUCUCGGAUCUCGACAUUGGAUUCGGCAAAGUUCAGGCACCACAGCAAGGCGGCCUCGGCUGGCUGCCCGGCCGUAGCCAGAACUAGUUGACAACGAUGACCCAAAGGUAUGUAUGUUUUCUUCGUGACUCCUGUUUUCCUCGCGUGUGUCUUUCGUAAUGCGGCGGCGGCAUGGGCAUGUCAGAUGAGCUGGGCUCAGAAGUCAGGCAUUAAUGCCAAAGUUUUCGUUGUUACUGAGAUUUCUACGACGGAGAAAUACUCGAGGAAGAAGAUGUACCAUUGUGCAGUGUUUAUUACGGUUGGGAAGCGAUUCAACGCGAAGCAUAGCGGGCGGCAGACGGAGUUUGCGGCGUUUUCAUAACUGGCGAAAAGGGCAUUAUCGCCAAGUUUUCACUACUACUUCUGAACAACAGCGAUAGAGGGAAGGCAUCGUUUAACCAACCAGGGAGCCUGGCAGGUGGGACUAGAUGAACGGAAGCAAGCAAGCAUGCGGUAGUCUCAGUGGAAAUGUUACGAUACGAGGGCAAGCAGAGUGGUGCUGAGCCGCUCUGCUUGCGUGUAAUUACGAACAGAGA